AUGGAAAGUGUAGCCGCUGGCCUUGAAUCGCCCCAACCAUCAUCUGAUCAAGCAACGAUUGAACUACCCGAUGGCAGUCUUAUCAAGGAAGAGUUUCCCGGAGAACAGCCCGUCUCCGUAGAUGGCUCGCCGCUACCUACCAGUAGAUUGGAGGGUCAACUUGAGACGCAGUUAUCCCUUGAGGCACUGGAUGGAUUCCUCCUCGUCAUCACGGUGGAUGGGACGAUCCUCUACGCCACCGACAACAUGUCAAGCCAUCUUGGUUUUCAUCAUGUCGACCUCGUCCACCGCUGCAUCUACGGGAUCGUACAUCCAGACGACCACCAGGAACUUCGCAUCAUUCUGGAAGAAACGUUGGGUGUUUCCCAUCAAAGACAAUCUAUGCAGGGUGCUAUGUCGGGAGCAGAAUCUACAAUGCCAUUGAGGGGUGCCGGUGCAAGUCGAGAUGUUUCCUUCCUCUGCAGGAUGAAAUGUUUUAACGGCACGAACACUGGCUUCGUGAAAAUGCAGUGUACUGGUACAAUGAAGUCAUUACCAGAUGCUCAACGUGUUGGCCACGCCCCUCAUCAGGUACUCUUUGCCGCCUUCAGGCCGUUUAUCCUCCUCGCAGCCGACACAGACAUCGAAGCAAAGCCAGGAACAUUCUGGACGACACACGAUCUCGAUCUCAACGUCUCAUCCGUUGACAACAGGUCGUGUGAAGUUAUCGGUGUAGACUCGUCAUAUCUGGAAGGAAAAUCCCUGUAUCAUCUUAUUCAUCCUGACGAUCUCCUCGCGGUAUAUGUCUGCCAUAAAACAUUGAUAGAGACGGAUGAGGUUCAUACAAUGUUCUUCCGUCUCAUGCGUCUUGAUGGAAGCUGGCAAUGGCUCCACACGAGAGGGCGUGCGAUCACAAAAAAUGGCAGAAAGAACUCUCUUGUCUUCGCUCACAACCCUGUGAGGGAGGAAGAUAUUCCAUUACUGCGGCAGGAAUCGGCAUCCAGGAGUUGUUACGGCCAGGAAGAUCUUUUGAAGAUGUUCUUGUCGACGCAGUCAACAGAUCAAUCUGAUCAACUCCAUGCAGGACCAUCAACCAGUAGCAGUACGAGUACUAGCAACAUGGAUAGCGUGCCGAGGAGAAGGUGGAUGAGUAAUGACACUUACGUUGUAGCGAGUCAGACAGGUCCAAAGCUCAAAGACGACUACUCUGUGUCGUUGCAUAGUCCACAUGGAAGCUGUCCUUCAACAUUCCACCAGGCUUCAGAUAGUCAGAGUCCGGAUAAUUCAACAAGCGGUGUCUUUUCUUCUAAGAUGAAGAGUCAAGAAGAUACCAUGGGUGACGAGCAAGGAUUUCCGAUGAGCGUUGGGGCAAUCCCGCAGACUGAUAUACCGUACGCGAUGACAAGCAGUUACUACAGUCCGCCUCAGUUGGGGUAUGGAGAGCCAUCUCUUUACAGUGGGUUUGAGCACCAGCCCUUGUCGAUGUACCAGAUGGUUGCGCACCUUCCUCCAGAGAUGUACGAUGCUGAUUCAUACCGGAAGCAUGCCAUGCGCGUCAGCGCAGAGAUGCAGCAAGAGGACCUUCUGAUUGCUUCACAUGGAGGCUAUGGUUCACAGUAUCACCUGCCACCAACACCGCAAACAUCGCCACCAUCUGCCUAUCCUGGGGAAACGUCCUACCACAUGCAAUACAUGCCUAGUGAACCUGUGUGCGGUGUGACGGCACCACCGUCGCCGCCGCCGUCCCCAAUUGCGUCGGGUUACCAAGGGACGACAUCAACACCCUUGACAACGUCCGCUACGUCGGGAGAUUGUAGCAAAAGUGGCUACCCAAUGGACUGUUGUACAGGACAUAUUCCUCCACGGACAGAGUAUUGUGCAUCGUAUAUAGUCAAUGGUGCAGUUCAGGUCAAGCUGGUUAGUGGUGCACAGACGGGGAACCAUCCAUAUUCCGAUUACGAGUCGCCGUACCUCCCAUCGUCGUCGGCUGCGUACUCGCGGAGAGACCUCUUCGAACAAUGCGACAAGAAACCAUUCCAGCAUUAUCAGGGGGACAAGAACGUCUUGUCCGAGUGGGAAUCAGCUAUCCGGGGUUCCAGUGACUAUACCGUCGGCGGGUCGAACCCUUACCAUCAGAAGACAUUCCUUCCUUGUCCAAUGGCCAGCACGAAGUCGGGUUGUCUGGCGCAGAAAACUUUCCGCCUGGAUGACGCCGAGUUCAAAAGCAGAGCAGCAGCCAUGUUACAUCAGGGAGCUCUAUCGGAAUUACCUCCUAUUGGUAGUUUUCUCGAUUUCCUCAACGAGGAACUCAAUGCUUUACAAUCAUAGACUUGGAUUUAUCAAGUGAAUUAUUUGAAUAUUUUUUUUGUAAAGUUCGGAUCAACACAAGUUUGAAACCUUUUCUGUUUUCUUUUUUUUGUACUGCCAACUAUAAUGCAAUAAGAUUUCGUAAUUGAAAUGACAUUGUCACAAUCAUUUCGUAAACAAGAAUAUUUAAUAUAGGACGAGGGUCAAGUGAUUUAUCACUUUUCAUUUUAAUGGAAUAUAACAUUGUCAUGUUUCUUGAAGUAACCAAAAGUCAACGACUCUGUAUUUGGGAUGGCUGAGUAUGUAACUCAUUUAGAUUAUAUUCAAUUGGAAGAUAAAUGCACGCGUGCAAUAUCCCUAUUCAUUGCAAUUAAUUAUAUAGACCUAUACACGACCACUAGGCAUAUUUUAAAAUUAAGAGCAUCAUUCAGAUCAUUUGCAUUGACAACUAUUGUACGUUUUCUAUUACACCAAUUUUCAGGAGUAUACUCCACAAUAUAAACUGAAAGUAUAGCAUGCCACAUAUAUCUUUUGAAAAGAUAUGGACCUAAUCAUUCUUCAAGAAUCAGUUUUAAACUCGGAACGUCUGACUUACCAAUGGUAAACGAUAAGUAAGUACUAGUACGUACAAGCAUGAUUAUUUAUAGUUUAUAACAACAUUAUGUAAAUCUUUAUUUUUUUUCAAAAAUGAUAGUCAAGUGAGAAUAGCCACGAGUAAUCACAAUACAAAAAUAGUAUGAGACACUCUUUUGAGAAUCGUUAAAAGUUGGAUAAUACUGGAGAGCAGAACUUGGAGAAUCGUAGAAAUUUGGAUAGUCGUAAUAAUUGAAUGACUAAAAAUGAAUAAAAACUGAGGAAAAUAUGUUCGCCUUUCUGUGGUUCAAUUAAACCAGAAAAUGUUUAAUGAGCCCGGUCAUUGUCCAGAACACUUUUUUUAAAUACAGCUCUUGGUUUGUUUGUUUUUUGCAAAAAUCAUGUAUUAUUUAUUUCGUCAUUGUUUUUUAUACAUAUUUUAGCAUUAUCAUCAUCAUUUAGACAAACCUCAAAUAUUUAUUUAUGUGAUAUGUAUAUAAUACUAGCUCAAAAACUGUAUAAAUAGAUAUCAGAUAGGAAUAUAAUAUUCUUUUGUACGACUUAUUUUACUUGUAUAUAACUUGCACUCAACGAUACAUUGCCAAAAUAAUUCAAUUUGCCAAACUUUUAUGAUGUUUUUAUUUGGUGACAUAAAGUAGCAAAUGUUAUUGUAGAAGAAAGGCCAUUCUGGUUGGUAUUAUUGCAGAGUAAGUGGAAUGCUACUCACUUCAAAAGAAUCAGAAAAAGAAUUAUCAAAACAAUGUCGAAAUUCGAAAGAAUUCAAAAGUAUUUUUAUUUGUCUUUUUAAAGUCAAAGAAGGGAGUAAGAUUUGUCUCCUAAUUCUGAAUUUUCUGAAAUUCUAAAUAAUGCAAUACGAUUUCUAUAUCGGGGUAUUAAACUUUAGAAUUUAACAGCAUUCCACAGCGUGUUUAAUCUGUAUAGAAACGACUGGAUGGCCUUUAAUUCUGUAGACCAGUACUUUGUAACAGACUUUAGGACUGAAAUCAUAUUGAUAAAUUAGGGUAUAUUUAUUUGUACAUUCUUCAAUAAAUGAAAUACUAGAUAAAA